GUGCUGGCGGAACUACUCUCAUUUGUGUGGACGCAAUAAAUAGCUUUUUUGCCUCCCCAAAUUCCUGGAAAGGGGGAGAGAAUUUUUAUUUUUAUACCAUCUGGAGCGUGCGAGAUCUGCGGAGAAUUUCCCCUGGCGUCGAGGACUCCGGGAUGAAGAUUGUUUGAGCAGAGAACUUAAUAGAACCCAGGCGUCCGGAUUCCCAACCCCCCACACUCCCCUCGCCUGGGAUUUGAUCUGCGGAGGAUUUAACCGAGGAAGAAACCACAUCGACCUGGUGCCGGAGGAAAGGAUUUGGGUCCAAAGGGAAGUUGACAGACUGAUGUGGUGGGAGUUGGUUAAUGGGGUAACUGGCUCUUGGAAGAAAUGGAUCAAUGGGGGCACUGAUCCAAGAGAGAUUGCCAAGGAGAAAUUGAGUGGCUGAUUGCUUGCUUGGGUCGUUAAUACUAACGAGCGAUCGAUCGGCCCCCUGCCCUGGGGUAAUGGAUCAGCUGGUGGGAGAAGCAGGCCCCAGGGGAAAUUGAUUGGCCGGUGGCCACAGGUCAGGAAGAGAGAAGGGGGAAGAAAUUGAGCUGAGAUCUGGGGCUGGAGAUGCUCUUGAUCGGAUAGUCGGGGCUUGCCGGGAAGCAGGACCGAUUGGCGGAGGGGUGCCCCCCCUGGGCGAUAUUGACGGGAAGAUGGCUGGAAUUGAUCAGCUGAGCGGGGAGUCGGUGCCCAGGGCGUGACAUUGCUCAGAGGAAACUGACUCAUUGACUGGGAAAUCGGUCGGGUUCAGGGAGAACGGGAGCCCAGGAGGGCUUGGCCGGGUAGGUGAUUUGCCUGGGGGUCCGUUGAAGUUGAUCCGAAACACUGCUCCAAGGGAAACUGACAUUGGUCGGGUGAUCGGGAGUCACUGAUUGGCCGGUGAGAGGGGAAACCCGCCGGCCGAUCGGAGACCCUUGCGGGGAGACGACUGAGCCGAGUUUCUCUCGCCCUCUGCGGGGAUCGAUCGGUCUCUGCGCCCGGCGUGGAGAUUGCCCCGAUUGGGGCAAGGGCGGGCUCCCAGCCAUGGCAGGUCCCUCCUCCUUCGGCAGAUACACCCACGCCAUCGUCUGCAGUGUCCCGGACUCGCUGGCCGCCCAGCCGGCUGGGGACGGGGCGGAGCCGGUGGACCUGGCCAAGGCGCACCGGCAGUACGGGGUCUACACCGGGAUCCUGCGGCAGAAGCUGGGGCUGCAGGUGAUCGAGCUGGCGGCGGACGAGGGGCUGCCCCUCUCGGUGCUGGUGGAGGACGCGGCCGUGAUCCAGGCCGAUACGGCGCUCGUCACCCGACCCUGGGAGCCGGCACGGCGCAGAGAGAUCAGCAGCAUCAAGAAGGUCUUGGAGGAGCUGAAGAUGCGGGUGGUGGAGGUGACGGACGACGGGGCCACCUUGGACGGCAGUGACGUGCUCUUCACAGGUCGAGAAUUCUUUGUGGGCAUCUCCAAAUGGACCAAUCACCGGGGGGCGGAGGCGGUGGCAGAUGCUUUUCGGGAUUUUGCUGUCUCUACGGUCCCCGUGGUGGGCUCCUCCCAUCUGAAGAGUUUCUGUAGCAUGGCUGGGCCCGACACAAUCGCCAUCGGAAGCAGUGAGGCUGCCAAGAAAGCCAUGAGGACCAUGGAGCAGCUGACCGAUCACCACUACGACACGCUGACGGUGCCGGACGACCCCGCCGGGAACUGCAUCUACGUGCGCCUGGGGCCCAAGGGCAGCGCCCUGCUCCACCGCAGCCCCGAGGAGUUCCCCAACAGCCUGCCGCCUUUCCAGAAGCUGGCCGACCUCACCCUGAUCCCUGCCGCCUGCAGCGAGGUGGCCAAGCUCGGGGGGGCCCUCAGCUCCUGCUCCCUUCUCAUCAACAAGAAGCUCGACCGCUAGUGCCUCCGGCCCCCCAGCUACGUGGGGGAGCCCCUGCCCCCCCAUCCUCUCUGUGCACCCGUCUUACCCAGCCCAAGCCCUGCACCCCCAACCUCAGGAUGCCCCUCAACUUGCUGCCCCCCAUCUGGGAAGUGGUGAUCACCCUUCCCCCUAUUGCCUCCCCCAUCUGCCUGGAAAGUGGGGUCUCCUGAUCCCCCCGAAGCCUCCCCUGAGUCCCAGCCCGGGGGCAUAUUUGGAGCCUACCACAUCAUGUGGACCCUGAAAAUAAUGGGGUCCUGCCUUCUUGGGAGGUGGAGAGCAGGGGGUCUGGGUACCCCAUUAGCAGGAGAGGGUGGAAGCCCAUUGGGUGGGGCCUCCCAAAUUGUUGGGAGUCCCUUUGUUCCUUCUGCAGGGAGCAACAGCGGGUGGGACCCAUCUAUACUUAGUGGGUGGCCUGGGGAGGGAGGUGUUACAUCCCCAUAGCUGGGUUCCCCAAAUCCCUGUAUGUCCCACCGGGAUAGUGGAGGGUUUAGGGGACCCUGAUUUAUCAUACCACUGGGGGGGGAAGGUUUGGGGGACACCGGCAUGUUAUACCAUGCAGUAGGGACCCCAAUAUUGAAGCCAUGGCAUUGGAGGACCCCCAAUACCUGAGAGCCCUGAAUUAAGGGGGGGACCUUUCACUGUGGUUAGGAUCUUCCAGCCCCCCUGCUGCCCACCUCUGCCAUUCAUCCACUAAUCUAUGGUGCUGGUGUUUUGGGGGUAACCCCUCUCACCCCCUUGAAACACAACUCGCUCCCCACUGCCACAUCCCAAUAGCAGGACUCCUUCCCCCAUUAGCUGUAGCAACUGUGGGUCCUUGGGGUUGAUAGUUGGUGGCAGCGCUGGGAUACCAGGCUGGAUAGGUCUGCUGUGGGGCAGCUGGGGAUCCCAGACCUCUAGCUAUGUAAGGGUAACUGCCCCCCCAAAGACAGGGGUGCCGUGUGUGUGUGUGUUAGAGUAGUUGGGGGGCUCCUAGGAGCCCCCUGUGAUGUGGAGUAGGAGCGCCCCCUAGGGCAGAGCCAGCUGUUGAUCCAGAGGGAGGGGGUGUUUAGCUUCUCACUGCCUCAGAUCCUUGACACAAUAAAGAAUUGAACCAAUUUA